AGCAAUCGAACGUUUCAGAUUUUCUAUUGCAGCCGAUAUAAACCUUCUCUCUCCUUCGCUUUCAUAAACCCUUACCAUACCCUAACCGAAGCUUUUAGGGUUUUAGUCAGUCUUUGAGUUGAGAGAAGGAUCGAGCAUUACCGAAGGUUAUUGCAAUGGCUUUCUUUAGCAAGCUCGGGAAUAUACUCAGGCAAUCUGCAGCCAAGCAGAUUAGUUCUGAAGUGUCUCCCUUUAAGCUCUCUAUGUCCCAAGCAGUAAGAUGCAUGUGCUCCAUGGCAAGUUCAAAACUUUUUAUUGGAGGUAUUUCAUAUCAGACGGAUGAACAAAGUUUGAGGGAGGCUUUUGCAAAGUAUGGUGAAAUUGUUGAUGCAAGAAUUAUUGUCGAUCGUGAUACCGGUAGAUCCAGAGGAUUUGGAUUUGUCACUUUCACUUCUAGUGAAGAGGCAUCCAGUGCUAUCCAGGCUUUGGAUGGACAGGAUCUUCAUGGUCGACGAGUAAGGGUGAAUUAUGCCACUGAUAGGCGUGCUGGAUUUGGAGGAGGUGGUGGCGGCUACGGUGGUGGUGGCUACGGAGGCGGCGGCUAUGGUGGCGGCAGCUACGGAGGUGGUGGUGGCAGCUACGGCGGUGGUGGCUACUCUGGAGGUGGAGGUGGUUAUGGUGGUGGUGCUGCUGGUGGGAGCUAUGGAGGCAGUGGUGGUGGUGAUAGCUUUGGAAGUGGAGGAAGUUAUGGUGCUGGUUACGGUGGAAAUUCAGUUGACUUCGGCAGCAACGCUGGGAGUUACAAUGCUGCUGCUGCUGGUCCCCCUGGCACUGAUAACUUUUCUGGGAGUGGAAGUUUCGGUGGUGGAUUUGAUGGAAGUGCUGGCAGCAGUGGAAAUGCUGCUGGGUUUGACAAUUCGUUCGGAGAUAACAAACCAGAUGCUCCAUUGGAAGGAAGUUACAGGGACGAUGAUGAUUCUAAUGACUUUGCCAAAAGAGCGUGAGAAAAGAAAUUAACUGUGGGGAGUGGUGCAUAUUGCAUUCUCUCAUUGUUAAGUAGACUGCUCUUUCUUUUCCUCCCCCUCUUUUUUUCUUUUCCUUUUUGUUAUAGCUUGUUAGUCUCAUCAACUCCCUUUGUCACCGAAUUGUUUAUUUUAUUUUUGGUUUUGGCUCUCGGACAUGGACUGCAGAUGCAGGGUUAUAAACUGCUUUUCCCUAUGAUAAAAUCUGAAAUAAUUCUGUUUUUAAGGGUUA